AUGCGCUCCUCCUUUACCGCCACCUGGCCGCUCGUGCUGUCGAUGGUACACGCGUUCGCGAACGGCCUGCCAAUCCCCCCUCACAAGGAUACCGCAGAACCAGCAGCUCCUGCCCUCGCGGCACCACCCCCACCCCCACCCGUCCUCAUCUCACAAGACACGGGGGUAGCCGCCGAACUGGCAUGCGUCUUCCGCACCGCGCUGCGCAAGGCCGGGUACGCCGCCGACGUGCUGCGUCGGAAGGGUGGUCGUUAUGGUGGUGGUGAUGUUGUCAAUGACGGCGAAGCCCUUCAGGGACAACUGCACUAUCUCCGCCGCCGUGGUGGAGAAGUUGAUUCGCCGCGCACGGAGGGGGUCACUGGUCAUGGUGACUCCGUUUCUGGAUCUCAGGAGGGUAUUGCGGAGGACCUUGGGCGCCUGCUUCGCAAGCUGGUGCCGUUUUAUCCUGCGGUGUUUACCUUACCGUCCGUGGCCAUUGGUGUCGGGUUGAUGCUGGUUAGUUUUGUGGCCAUAUGGUGCGGAUUUGUAUGCCGUGAUGCCCUUGGUAAGGGCAGGUGGCUGCGGUGGGGAGCGCGGGAGGGGAGGAGUAGGUUGCGGGGUGAAGAACCGGUUAAUUGGGAUUUGAGGGAGAAGGGAGAGGAGUUGUUGGACGAGAGGCAAGGGGGUUAUGGUGAGGAGAGGUAUAGGGAUGAGAAGGCGGGUUUUGAUGAGGAGAGAUAUCGGGAUGAAUAUGUGUCAUUGAUGUUUGAGGAUAUCGAGGAUAUCGAGGAUGUGGAGGAGAGUGAGUCGGCGGUUGACUUGGUCGAGAGUAUGGUUGCCGCAGCGGGAGUAAGGCAUUGA